AUGACUCAAUCCAGACCCCCCGUAGACGAUUUGAACGUCUCAUCAAGACCACCGCCAGCAGAACCCCAAGAUCCUUACAGCAUCUUCGACAGGCGACAGAAAGCUUUGAUAGUAAUCAUCAUAUCAACUGCUGCAACCUUCUCCGGAUUCGCGUCCAAUAUCUAUUUCCCAGCGCUCCCUACCAUUGCCAAUGACCUUGGUGUAUCGAUCGAGCUUGUCAACCUUACUGUCACAUCAUACCUCAUUUUCCAGGGCAUAGCGCCGAGUCUUUGGGGCCCCAUAUCUGAUGUCAAGGGCCGUCGAAUUGCCUACUUUUGCACGUUUGUCGUGUUUCUCGGUGCAUGCAUUGGUCUGGCGGAGACGAAAGACUAUGCUACACUGAUCGUGCUGAGAUGCCUUCAAAGUACAGGCAGUGCAAGCACCAUUGCUAUAGGGUCCGGAGUCAUUGGAGACAUUACAACACGUGGCGAACGGGGCGGUUUCAUGGGAAUCUUUCAAGCCGGAUUGCUUGUACCUGUCGCCGUUGGGCCAAUCAUUGGUGGUGCGUUGGCAGGCUCCCUAGGAUGGCGGGCAAUCUUCUGGUUCCUGACAAUCUAUUGUGCGGCGUUCUUGCUCGUCAUGGUCGUCUUACUCCCUGAGACUUUGAGGUCUAUAGUCGGAAAUGGAAGCCGCACACCUUCCAAUGCGAUUGCCCGAUACCCUUUGGUCGUCUAUCAACAUUAUUCCAGCACAAAGAUGAGCCUAGACGCCGAUCGGACGAUCAUCGGCUCUAGGAAACGGAUCGAUGUGACGGGACCGUUCCGGAUCAUUCUCAACAAGACUGCAGCUCCCAUUGUUGUGUUUCUCGCUAUCCACUACGCCGUCUGGCAGAUGAGCAUCACUGCCAUGUCAUCCCUCUUCACCGAUCGCUACGGUCUCACGGAAACACAGGUUGGGCUGACAUUUAUUGCCAAUGGAGUAGGCUCCAUGGUAGGCACUCUUGUCACUGGCCGCAUCCUUGAUGUUGACUAUCGUCGAGUCAAAGCCAAGCAUGAGGGCCAGUCAACACCACGUCCGACCAGCAACCCCCAGGAUAACGAUCCUGAAAGGCUUCCAGUGAAGGCAUUUCCACUCGAGAAAGCUCGGCUUCGGCUUGUUCCGGUGUUUUCCGUCCUCCAAUGUCUCUCGAUCCUCCUCUUUGGAUGGUCCAUCCAGUACCCGAGGAGCGUCCAUAUCGCAGUUCCUAUAGUAUCUACAUUCAUCACCGGAUGGACAGCAGUUUCUACACAAUCGGUUAUAAUGACCUACUUGGUGGACAUAUUCUCGGAUCGGAGUGCGGCGGCGAGCGCUAGCUUGAAUCUCGCCAGGUGCUUAUUCGCUGCGGGUGGCACGAGCUUUGUGAUGCCCUUAGUGGAUCGUAUCGGUGUUGGCCUUGCCUUUACUAUUUGUGCUGCCGUUCAAGCCCUUGCCCUGUCCGGCGUCGCUGUAACAUGGAAGUAUGCAGCCAAGUGGAAAGAGCGGGAUGAAAUGAAUCAAAACCAAGGUCUUGAAAACACGAAGUAA